CUCACUGUGUUUUGCUCUUGGAGGUUUAAAGCUCGGUGUGUGUCCCCUGAAUCCUGUGACACGACCUGGUGGAAUGAUUCAUCCCACAGACUGCAUCUUCCUCCUGAUCACGACCUAGACACCCGCAGGACCAGCUGCCAUCGCAAAGAAAACCAGUCACGAGGGUCCCGCAUCCCAGGAGCGCUUAAGGCUCGAAAUCAGGACUUGUAAUACAGUAUGCCUCAUUCUUAGGUGGCAACCAGGAACCUACAAGUCAUCUCUGCUGUCUCAGAUUCCAUGUGGAAAUUCUUCCUCAUACAGCUCCCAGCCCCAAUUUAUAAAUUCUCCAGUCGCAAGCAGCAGAAUGAUACCUCGUCCCAAAUCGCAAUAGUCGUCCGUCUCCACCCCUGUGUGCGCACUCAAAGACGUCCACCAGCACCUCCUAUCAUAGACACCCACACCCACGGUUAGAACAGCCUUUCUACAGUCGCUUCUGUGCCCUCUUGAGUCUCGGAGCCACGCAGAUGCUCCCCGAAACUGCACCUAUGAGAGCAGUCCUGCCACAGAAGCGGAGGCUAGGGUGUCUUCAUGUCGCCUUCACGAGGCCUUGAGCGUGACGGUCGCUGCUCCUCCCCACUUAGGUGACUCAAGGUCAGGGCCAGCACGUGCCUGAGUCAGGUCUUUUCUAGGACUGGUUUCCAGCCCCGAAUUGUCUCCCUUAGGGGCGGGAGACCUGUGCAGGAGGUUCUGGGUCAAUACUCGAUGUUUGUUUCCCUUUCCUAGGUCUUAGCUUUGCCACCUGUGAAACGGAUGGCAGUAGAGUCCACGGUAUGGGCCCUCUGUGUGAAUAUCAUUGGAUCAAAGAAUGGGAGGAAAGGAAAGCGAUUUAUAAACGGGAAAGCUUCUAUGCUAGAUGGGUUAUACCUUUCAGGAGGAUGUGAUUCCAGUCCACUUUGGAUGUAAGCAAAAACUGAGGCGGCCCAGGGAAAAAAAAAGUGCAAGUGUGUCCGGCUUUUAAGUCACGCUGUCAGAGACGCUCAGUUUCUUCUGCCACGAGAUAACACCCGUCAAAGUCUCGCCCCGCCAAGUUCAUUGACGUGACCUCCCUCGAUAAGGACGCCACACUUUUCUCCGCUGAAUUUUCAAACAGCAGGAAAGGAGCGGCCCCGAAGCACUGCGCAGGCGCCCCUCCUGGCCCCGGACACCGCCUCCAGGGCACUGUGUCUGCGUGGAGAAACUCGCGGAGCCCCGCCUGACUCUCAACACGCAGGCGCGAGGACGCGUGCCCUGCGCUACCACCUCUGAUUGGCUGCCUCGCCUGGGAGCACCGCCCAAUGGGAGGCGUGGAUAGUGAAGGGUCCCACACUCCUGGAGUGGAGGGUCUGUGUCAAGAGCGGCGGGGGCUGCUUGGAGAUACCUGCAACAACAGUGGCUACAACAGGCUGAGACGUGGGACCAUGAAAGGCCAUGAGGCCUAACCCUUGAGCUACAACCUGAUCGACAGACUGGCACUGCCUUCCCCAUAAUGGCAGAGAUGGUGGCAGAGGCAGCUGAGAUACCAACACAUUCGCCAGGAGCGGUGGAGAUUUCGACCGCCGUGUCGGGAGAGCUGGCAGAGGUGGCAGCAGCAGUGGCUGAGAUGGCGUCAGGGGAGGCCCUGGCCUCGUCCCUCUUCUUCCAGCACCACCAGUUCAUGUGCUCCGAGUGUGGCAGCCUCUACAACACCCUGGAGGAAGUCCUGGCCCACCAGGAACAACACCUGCUCCCCAUGUCGGAGGAGGAGCCGCUGACCACCCAGCAGGGCCUGGAGCCUGAGCUAGUGUCUGGCCCUGGGGAGGGGCCCUUCCAGUGUGCCGAGUGCAGCCAGCUCCUGCUCUCUCCCAGCGAGCUCCUUGCCCACCAGGAUGCCCACCUGCAGGAGUCUGCGAGCCAGAUCCAGUACCAGUGUGGAGACUGCCAGGAGCUCUUCCCCUCACCCGAGCUGUGGGUAGCUCAUCGCAAGAGUCAGCACCUUUCCGGUGCAGCGGACGAGCCUCCACCGCCGCCACCUCCUCUGCCUCCCCCGGCAUCCCCACCCCCGCCCCCAGAAAUCAAGAUGGAGCCCUACGAGUGCCCAGAGUGCUCCACCCUCUGUGCCACCCCUGAGGAGUUCUUGGACCAUCAGGGCACCCACUUUGACUCCCUGGAGAAAGAAGAGCACAAUGGGUUAGAAGAGGAGGAGGAAGAAGAGGAGGAGGGGGAGGAGGAUGAUGAAGACGAUGAUGAUGAUGAUGAAGAGACUGAGGAGGAGGAAGAAGCAUCCACAGAGGUCACUGCUGACGACACAGGAGGUGACAAGUCCACCGUUGACCCGGCUCAGAGCUGUGGGGAUUGUUCCCAGCACUGUGCCGCUUCAGGGGCACGCCGCAAACACCGAAGGGCAUCCCAUGGUCCAGUGUCAGCCACCCACGCCUUCCACUGCAGCCAGUGCCAGCGCAGCUUCAGCUCCGCCAACCGGCUGUUGGCUCAUGGCCGGGCCCACGUGGGCGGUACCCACGAGUGCAGCACCUGCUCCAAGGUCUUCAAGAAGGCAGCCUCUCUGGAGCAGCACCAGCGGCUGCACCGCGGGGAAGCCCGCUAUCUCUGCGUGGACUGUGGCCGUGGCUUCGGCACUGAGCUCACACUAGUGGCCCAUCGGCGGGCCCAUACCGCCAACCCGCUGCACCGCUGCCGCUGUGGCAAGACCUUCAGCAACAUGACCAAGUUCCUGUACCACCGACGAACUCACACUGGGAAAAGCGGAACCCCCACCAGGGUAGCAACUGUCCCCCCAGCUCCGGCCGAGCCCACGCCCCCGCCCCUGCCCCCGCCCGCCCAGCUGCCCUGUCCGCAGUGCCCCAAGUCCUUCGCCUCAGCCUCCAGACUGUCCAGGCACCGGCGCGCCGUGCACGGCCCCCCUGAACGCCGACAUAGGUGUGGGGUCUGCGGCAAGGGCUUCAAGAAGCUCGUCCACGUGCGCAACCACCUGCGGACGCACACGGGCGAGAGACCCUUCCAGUGCCACUCGUGCGGCAAGACCUUCGCCUCCUUAGCCAACCUCAGCCGUCACCAGCUCACCCACACGGGAGUGCGUCCCUACCAGUGCCUGGACUGCGGCAAGCGCUUUACCCAGAGCUCCAACCUGCAGCAGCACCGGCGGCUCCACCUCCGGCCCGUGGCCUUCGCUCGCGCCCCUCGCCUUCCCAUCACUGGGCUCUACAACAAGAGCCCCUACUACUGCGGGACCUGCGGCCGCUGGUUCCGCGCCAUGGCAGGCCUUCGGCUGCACCAGAGGGUCCACGCCCGAGCCAGGAGUCUGACACUCCAGCCUCCCAGGUCCCCCUCGCCAGUCCCGCCCCCACCCCCUGAGCCUCAGCAGACUAUCAUGUGCACAGAGCUCGGGGAGACCAUCGCCAUCAUCGAGACGUCCCAGCCACUGGCCCUGGAGGACACGCUGCAGCUCUGCCAGGCAGCACUGGGGGCGAGCGAGGCCAGCGGACUGCUGCAGCUGGACACGGCCUUCGUGUGAGGAGGCCAGGAGCAAGGAGAAGAAGGGUUUGCUUACAAGCGUGAGUCUAGGCAGCUCGGGAGAAGAGGACACUCCUGGCGAGCUAAUCUGGCACUCAUGCCAGGGGCCACCCUGCUGGCCUCUUCCAACUGCUGACUCCUCAGGGUUUCUCCUGUCACCGAGCCUGAAGCCCUGAGAAGCGAUGGCAUGUCUCAGGCCCUACAACUGCCUUGCAGAACGGGGUUUGCCAAGGCUCUGCACGGCAUCACCUAGUGCUCAGCAACAUCAGGGAACCUUUAUUGAGCACCAACCGUAUGCCAUGCCGGUGCCAGACACUCCAGAUACCUCUUCGUAUCUCCUGCUUAUAACUCCCCACCCCCACCCACCCCCAAGGACUUGGGGUGUUUGGGACUUAGCUCUGCCUGGUAUAGGAAGGCACUUAGUUUCAUGGGCCUUGCUUCAUUUCAGUUUUGACAGUAUGGAAAGAAUCUGUAGGUGACCAGUACUCAGCUCAGCCUGGGUGACGUUGAAGACCCAGAAGUGAACCAGUCACAGCUCGCACUCAGGCAUGCUCGGCCCAGCAGGAGCAACUGACUGAAGCACAGACAGCACACAGACAGCUGCCCCUCUACAGACAGUGCUGCCUGUGGCUCACUCAGCCCGCGUGCCCGAGGCUUCCCUCACACCACGGUGCUGCGGGCUAAAGGAGAGUCAGGUCUAAGGAUUCCUGGGCCGAGGUGGGAUGUGCAGGGACAGGAGAACUGAGAGACUUCCUAGUGGGACCAGCUCCUGACGUAAAAGCGGGAAUCUGCCAGCACAAGAGGAAACUAAGGUUUGAGGCAGGCCAUGCAGUUACUACUGCAGGCCACACCCGUCUGCUCGGCCUAUUAGGCAGGACACUUAUGUCCCUCAGGCCUGAGGUGGACUGAUGUACCAUCCUGGUUGUACAAGUAGGGACUGAGCACAGAAUGCUGGUCUCAGGCUGGGUGGAGGUACUGAGAUGCCAAUGCAGUUCCUAGGAGCAGAGACGACUCCGCCCAUCCCUACCCAGAGCAGCCAUGCUCGCCCUGCUUCCUAACUGGUUUGAAGGAAAGGAGGAUGAGAUCAGUCCUGCAAAGCAGAAAGGCUCCCGGGGCUGAGGUAAGCAUCUAGCAGGGCCCGGAUCCCAGACUCCCGGACCCCCCUCAAGGAUAUGUUCCAAAAUUACUUCUUCUGCAUCAGUAGACCCCAUCAGGCGGCCCCACCGUUGCCCCCUCCCAGGUCCUCCCCUCCUGGAGCACCCUACCCACUCACUGCUUGGCACUAUGUAGAGACCAUUUCCUUCUGCCCAUGGGCCCACCAUCUGGCUCCAGCAUAUUUUAAAAGUUGAGGGGAAGAGCCAGGCAGAGCGGCACAGGCCUGUAAUGGCAGUAUUUGGGCCCCUAAGGCCAGAUGAUCGUGAGUUCCAAGCAAGCCUGAGCUUUUCCAAAUCAAAAACAGGGGCAGGAGGGGGGCGGCGGCGGGACACCUCCACCUUCCCAAGGCUGCCACUUCCCAGUACCCCUAAGAGAAGUGAAGCAACGAUACCCUGCUUCAGACAGGGCACCUCACGCCUUGGGAAUGUGCCUAUCCACACACAUGCCAUCCCACCGGGUGGGUCUACAGCAGUUAGACAUUGGAGCCGAGGGGCUCGUCAGCCAGGGUCUCAUGAUCUCAGCCAGGAUGCUCAUUCUUUCCUUCUUUAACAGUGUGUGCCAGGAAAUGGGCAGGCUUCUGUCUGCAGUAGACAAGCAUUAAGUGGCACAG